CCCGCCCCCGGCGAGAGAGGCCGAAGCCCCGCCGCCUGUCGAUCGAGUCACUCGGUGCUCCCUUCAGCAGAAGCGCGGCUGUCGCCAGGCUGGGCAGCAGAGCGCCGAGGGCGGAGAAGCUGAUGCAAGCAGGACCCGGCAGCUGGUGGUGUUCCUGAGUGCUUUUGGUGAAUCAGCAGCUGCUGCCUCCACAAUGGGGCACGAGCUGACGAUGCAGGAGAAGUAUCACCUGAUCACCCGGAACUUGCAGGAGGUUCUUGGUGAUGAGAAGCUGAAGGCCAUCUUGGAAGAGCGGGAGCUGAAGAUCUACUGGGGGACAGCCACCACGGGCAAGCCUCACAUCGCCUACUUUGUGCCCAUGUCCAAAAUCGCGGACUUCCUCAAGGCCGGGUGUGAGGUGACCAUCCUGUUUGCUGACCUCCAUGCAUACCUGGACAACAUGAAGGCGCCGUGGGAGCUGCUGGAGCUGCGGACCCAGUAUUACGAGAACGUGAUCAAGGCCAUGCUGGAGAGCAUCGGGGUGCCACUGGAGAAGCUCCGGUUCAUCCGCGGGACGGACUAUCAGCUGGGCAAGGAAUAUACCUUGGAUGUCUACCGGCUGUCCUCGGUUGUGACCCAGCAUGACGCCAAGAAAGCCGGCGCGGAAGUGGUGAAGCAGGUGGAGCAUCCCUUGCUGAGUGGCCUCCUCUACCCAGGACUGCAGGCACUGGAUGAAGAGUACCUGAAAGUUGAUGCACAGUUUGGAGGAGUGGACCAGAGGAAAAUCUUCACCUUUGCAGAAAAGUACCUCCCCUCCCUGGGCUACGCCAAGCGCAUACACCUGAUGAACCCCAUGGUGCCAGGUCUGACGGGCAGCAAGAUGAGCUCUUCCGAAGAGGAGUCCAAGAUUGACCUCUUGGAUCGCAAGGAGGACGUGAAGAAGAAGCUGAAGAAGGCUUUCUGUGAGCCCGGGAACGUGGAGAACAACGGCGUCCUCUCCUUCAUCAAGCACGUGCUCUUCCCCCUCAAAUCAGAAUUUGUGAUUCUCCGAGAUGAGAAGUGGGGAGGGAACAAAACCUACACCAGCUAUGGGGACUUGGAGAAGGACUUUGCGGACGAGGUGGUCCACCCGGGGGACUUGAAGAACUCGGUGGAGGUGGCCUUGAAUAAGCUUCUUGAGCCCAUCCGAGAGAAGUUUAGCAGCCCGCAAAUGAAGAAACUCGCCAGCUCUGCGUAUCCCGAUCCUUCCAAAGCAAAGCCAGCGGUGAAGGGCCCUGCCAAGAACCUGGACCCUGAGGAGCUCGUCCCAUCCCGGGUGGAUCUGCGUGUCGGCAAAGUGCUCAGCGUGGAGAAGCAUCCUGACGCAGACAUGCUGUAUGUGGAGAAGAUUGACGUGGGGGAGCCCCAGCCUCGGACGGUGGUCAGCGGCCUGGUGGAGUCCGUGCCCAAAGAGGAGCUGCAGGGCAGGCUGGUGGUGCUGGUGUGCAACCUCAAGCCCCAGAAGAUGCGCGGGGUGGAGUCCCAGGCCAUGCUGCUCUGCGCAUGCAGCAACGGGGAGCCCGGCCACAUAGAGCCCCUGGACCCCCCGCCCGGCUCCUGCCCCGGAGAACGCGUCUUUGUGGAAGGCUACGAGAGAGGCCAGCCCGACGAAGAACUGAAGCCCAAGAAGAAGGUCUUUGAGAAGCUGCAGGCGGACUUCCUGAUCUCUGAAGACCGUGUGGCUCAGUGGAAGGGGAAGAGCUUCAUGACCAAGCUGGGGAGAGUCACGGCCAAGACCUUGCAGGGUGGCGGCAUCCGCUAACGGCCUGGGCCCCUCCUUCCAUCUACCAUGUGCCAGUCCCUGUCCCUCCGUCGCCCAUCGAUCAUCCAUUGCACUUCCGCGGCACUCUCCGCCCACGACAAGCGAACAGACUUGGCUUCCUGGCUUUGAGGCAGGCAGGGGGGCACUUCUUCAAGGGAGAGGUGGCUCUCUAUCUCGGGGAGGAAAGAGCCCCUUGCUUCAUCGGACUUGCUCUGGGCAAGGAUGGACACCUCCUCCCCCCUCCACCACCCAUACACACUUUCCAAGGCUUCCAGGAGGGAUGUCAAGCUGCUGAAACGGAUCUGCCCUUUGCAGGGGUGUGGGGGCCAGAGGCCUAUCCCCUUCUCAGCCCCUCCUGCCUGCCCUGUUGUGGUCGGGCCUGGGCUUCACACACUCUUCCUUUCAGCAUUUGCUGCUUUUGCCCAGGUCACCUGCGGAGGAGAACUGGGGUGUCCUCUCCGGUUAGCAAUGAUGAUGGUUCCCCAUGACAAGCGCGGCAUUCUCAAUAAAGUGUCAUUCUGUGCUUCUU